AUGUCUUGGAUCAGGCGUCUUGAAAACACCGAAUUGCUUGCUCCACACUCCAGAGAUGUUAAGGUGCCCUUCAGUCCGGUGCAGUUGGAGACGCGACAAUACAUGAUGACGAGCAACCCAUUAGCAUACCGUGAUGCUACUACGUCAGCGCGACUUCAUGCCAUCGACACAGCACUUCCUAGGACAUUACUUCCGCUGCCAUCUGUAUCGCAGAACAUUGAGAUAUCACAAUCCUCUCGCAAUAAAACACCAGAUCAUGAAUUAAACGUCAAUCCAGCAUUAUCUCGAAUUCUUGCUACGGACUCGGGUAAACAAUCGCAGCCUCCGUUAUCUCAAGUUCUCGCUGCGGACAAAACAAAACAAUCGCAGACUUCGUCAUCACAAGCUCUCACUGCGAACGCAACAAAACAGUCACAGACUUUGUCAUCUCAAGUUCUCGCUGUGAAAGCAACAAAACAAUCGCAGGCUCCGUCAUCUCAGGUUCUCGCUACAAACGUAACAAACCCGUCGCAGACUGGCGAUCGGUCGUCCCAAGUUCUUGCUACCAACGUAACAAAACAAUCGCAUGCUCACUCGCCUGACGUCGUUACUACAAACUCAACUAAACGUUCGGAGACUCGGUCGUCUCAAGAUCUUACUUUGGACUCAACAAAACAAUCGGAGGCUCAGUUCAAUAUCGCACUACUAAGACCUAUUUAUGGAGACACGGACGAUCUCAUGUGUAUAGACUCGGACCCGCUAUGGGAGGCAGCACGACGGGCAUACUUGCGAUAUAACCAAUUCAGAGCUUGCGUCGAGAGGUGGAAGCCCCAACGGCAAGCAGUUUGA